AUGAGGAAGCCAAGAUAUAUCAGGUUUAGGCCUGAAAUUGACAUGGCAGAACCAAAAUUUUAUGCUGGGUUGUUAUUGGAUGAUAAACAAAUCUUCAAGAGAGCAGUUGAUUACUAUGGUGUGAAAUGGGGAAAAGUUUUUCAAUGGAAAAAGAAUGAUAUUAGAAGAAUAAAGGCUAAUUGCAAGGCUGCAAAUUGCAGCUGGUUCAUUUAUGCUUCUAAAGAGGCUAAUAAUGAUGCAUUUGUCAUGCGAACCAUGAGACCACCUUGUCAUUGUGGUAGGACAUUUUAUCACAAAAGGGCCAAUUCAGGUUUCUUAAGUAGACAUUACAUGGAAUUCCUUAGGUUGAAUAAGAAGGUGACAGUUGCACAAUUCAUGGAAAAAAUUCACCUUGAACUCAAUGUCAACAUCACUAAGCACCAGACAAGCAAGGCUUUCAUGAAGGCCAAGUUGUUGAUUCAUGGUAGUUACAAAAAUCAAUACAGAAAGCUGUGGGACUAUUGUGAAGAACUGCUUACAUGUAAUCCCGAGACAACAGUGCAUAUGGAGACCAAACUUGACAAAAGCAGUGGUAAGGAUAGAUUUUUAAGAUUGUAUAUAUGCUUUGAAGCGUUGAAAAGAGGGUUCAAAGUUGGUUGUAGAUGUGUGAUUGGGGUGGAUGGUUGUCACUUGAAGGGUCCCCAUCCCGGAAUAUUGUUAACAACAGUUGGUAUUGAUGCAAAUGACUACAUUUAUCCUGUUGCUUAUGCCAUGGUGGAGGUCGAAAAUAAAAAUUCUUGGAAGUGGUUCAUAGAAUUCUUGAAGUAUGAUUUGUCAAUUUCUAAACAGAAGAGCUGGACUAUCAUUAGUGAUAGGCAAAAGGGUUUAGGAUCUGCUAUUGAAGAAGUGAUUCUAGGAGUAGAGCAUAGACAUUGUGUACGGCACCUACACAACAACAUGAAGAAGUUGCACCCUGGACAAUCCAUUAAGAAUAGAUUUUAG